UUCCGUCUGCAGCAUCCUUCAAUCACCUCCAGCGUUACCGUAGCAACAGGGGACCAGCUCACGCGGUCAGAACCAGGGUCACAGGGAUGAGUGCGGAUUAAAAGAAAGGACAGUCCAGCUUUACUGGGUGUAAACAAGACACCCAAAAUUUAGCGUCGCAAAGAUGCUCAUCAGCGAGGAAUCAUCGAUCAGUGUUGCGCUAUGAGACGGCGGGGCAGCAAUAGCAUUUACUGGAUCCGUAACUCCGACUUGCCAGGCAUGAGUAAUCGGUAGUAGAUAGCAGGAUCAUUGACAUCCGAAAACAUGGCGGAUAGCAAGGAUCCUCUAAGACAGCUGAAGGAUCUUGCACAGCUGAAGGAUCAGCUAGAGGACAUUCAGAAGCGGGUUGAGGGUGAAGUCCAUGCGGGAAUACCACAGGGGAGCACUGUGCUGUCCUCUCCCUUCCUGAAAGGUUUCCUAGCUGGAUACGUCGUGGCGAAGCUUCGCUCCUCUGCGAUCCUCGGAUUGCUUCUGGGAACCUGCACGGGGAUAUACGCGGCACAAAACUACAAAGUACCGAAUGUCGAGAGGACCCUCAAAGACUACUUCAACUCCACCAAGAGAAGGCCCAGCUAACAGUGUGCUGAUCAGCCCCUUUCUCUCCAGACAGGAAAGCACAGCCCGGUUCAUGUCAAAUGACCAAAUUACCCCCCAUUUUCUUCAUUGUUACAGUGCUGUACUGUUGGUAUCAUGUUGGGUUUUCAUUCAAAGUGUUAGAAUAUAGUCAGCUGAAUUUAUAAACAGUCAUUACUAGGGGCAAAAUGUACAGUAAUCCCUACACAAUUAUAAUGUGUGCAAUGUU